AUGAUAAGGGUGCUUUUGGUAACUGUCUUCGAUGUUGCCAUCUCAUGUGACCCAGCUGUAGAACUAUUUACCGUAGGGACAGAUAAUGAUGACUUUGUGAUCCCAAGUUUUAGUGUUGAAGAAUCUGAUCUCGGUGACUGGGAAGCUUCACGGACUACUGAUCCUCAACCACCUCCAAAGCCCACCAAAGAUACAGAGAACAUCUAUCUCGGACCACACGGAGCACCACCAUCUCGAGCGAAGAAGGCAGAGGAUACUUCGGCUACAGCUGGGUACCGUGACAAGAACAAUAAAACGAGGGAAGCUGAUCAGAAGGCUUUUGGAACUGGGCGGAACACCAAAGGAGGCAACGCGGGAGACUUCCACCGCCACAAUGGUGCCAACCAUGGCAAGGACCCCUACAAGAGAUCUGUUUGA